AUGCCGACGAGGAUUGGACAACCCAUAAAUUUGCGACUUCCGUUUCGGCUACUGUUGCUCCUUGGUCUCUUCAUCGCGACCGCCGUCCUACAAGCGGGUUUCUCCAUCAUGCACUACAAGGUCUUCAUGCAAGCCCUGGACAAUCCCGUGUUCGAGCAGGAACUGAAGAAAUGGGGCCAGGACAAGGCGAGCGUGAAGUCAGUGCUCGAAGCCCGUGGAAAGGACUUCGCAUUGCUCCAGCGUGGCGGCCUCGCUGGCAUCGCAUUGGCGCUCUGGGCGCUGGAUGGGAUGGUAGGCUUGCUGCUGGUCCCAGUAUGGAUUUCAUUGGUCGCAGGGGUCGUUGGAUUCAGCAUCGUGGGAAACUGGAAGGCUGCUGUUCUCUACGUAGGUGUGCUGCUGGAGAAGUGCGACCUGGCAGAGUACGUCAAGCUGGAGCUUUCGGAGACUGGGCAGGUCUUGACAAAGAGGGUUGCGCGGCUGCCGGCGAACCUGCCCUUCGAGAUGAAGUCCGCUGACGAGCCGGCGUUGCAGCGGCUGGCUGCCGGCGUGGGCGCGUGUUUCCUUGCGUGGUUUCUGGCACGAACCGUACGGGGCUACUUCAAGCCUGCGGAAGAAGAAGAAGAGCCGGAGGAGAAGAGCAAAAGUGAUUGA